AUGAAGGGUUUCGGAUCUAUCUUAGCAUUUAUUGCUAUCUCUGCCACGCUCGUUUCUUCUCGAGCUUUGCCAGAGAGCGAGUCUGAUCUCAUUGCUAGAGCACCAGUUCCAAAUGUAUUUGAGUUCUAUGCGCGAUCACCAAAAAAUCAGCAAAAUAACGGUGGCGAUGACGAAGAUGACAAUGAUGACAACAAUACCGACGACAACGACAGUGCUGCUAAUGCAACAACCAAUGCUGCCGCAGAUAAUCCAAAGGCAAAGGGAACUGCCAGUCUCAAUGUGAACGCCGCAGCUUCAACCGGAACCGGAAAGAAAGGCAAGGCAAGCAAGGGAAGUGCAAAGGCAACAGGUGGCGUAGCACAAGCAAGUGGUGCAGCAAAAGCAACUGGCGCAGCAAAAGCAACCGGCGCACAAGCAGCCGCCGCUACCUCUACCACAACCGCCUCAACCGCCAAGGCAGGCAAAGGGGAUGCCGAUCCCGCUGCAGCCGGAACUAGCACCGGCGACCAAUCUCUCGCCGGUGAGAUCCAGAGCGAGCUCAGCUCACUAGGUCUCCGUGGUCUUCCUAUUCUUGAAUCAAGAAAAAAGAACAAGAACGGUACCGCUAAUGCCACUGGUACUACUGGUGGUAACAAAGCUGCUUCGACCGGUACUGGAGGCAAGAAGGGUAAAGGUGCUAAAGGGGCUGCUAAGCCUACGGGUUCUAGUGUAGCUUCGAGUGCUGCUGCGUCUGCGACCAACUAG